AUGGGGUCGUUUAACGGCCACGUGCUGCCAGGGACGCUGUUCCUGGCGGUGGGCCUGUGGCGGGUGUGGUCCGCCGUCGCGCGCUUCGCCGCGGACCCGCCGGCGUUCCGCGUCCGCGCGUGGUGCCCCCUCGAGCUCCCCGGGGCGCCCCGCCUCCUGGAGCUCUACGUGGUGGCCGGCGGCACGCUCCUCGACAUGUGCCUGGAGCUCGGCGGCGGCGUCCUCGCCAGCCGCGGCGAUGGGGCCGCCCCGGAGUCCAGCCUCAUCUACCUCGAGCACGCCGGCAUGCUCCUCAUGUUCUUCCUCUUCGGCGCGCUCGCCCUCCUCUCCCAGAAGCGCAGCAGGUACCUGCCCCUGACGGACGGCGAGCUGUGCCUGGUGGCGGCGGCAGCUUUCACGUCGGAAUUCCUGCUCUUCUCCUACCACUCGGCCACCCACACAGGGCUGGAGGGGUACUACCACCACCUCCUCGUCAUCCUCAUCGGCCUCUGCAUCCUCGCCGCCGUCCUUGGCGCGCUCUUGCCGGCGAGCUUCCCCGUCGACGUCGCUGCCGGCAUGCUCAUGGCGCUGCAGGGGCUGUGGUUCUACCAGACGGCGCUCACGCUGUACGGCCCCAUGCUCCCGGCCGGGUGCGACCGAGAUGCCAGCGGCCACCAAGUCGACUGCCACAGCCGCGCCGCAGGGGAACGCGCCGAGCAGCUGGCUAACUUCCAGCUGUUCGGGGCUGUGUUCCUCGCCUUCGUCUACGUGCUUGGGUGCUAUGCCGUCGCCGCGGCCAUGUACGGGCACCCUGACCUGGCGGCCAUGCAUGACGAGCACGUCGCCGGCCUGGAGAGCCGCGGCGGGGGCGGCGCCUGCGCCGAGGAGUGCGUGGUCUAG